AUGGCGUCUGGACGGAAGGACUUUCUCAGCCAGCAGGCGCCUGAGAACUAUGUGGCCGGUCUGGGUCGUGGUGCUACCGGUUUCACCACGCGAUCUGAUUUGGGUCCCGCGCGCGAAGGUCCCACGCCCGAACAGAUCCAGGCCGCGCUGACGAAACGAGCUGCGCUUCUCGGAGCUGCUGCACCUACGGCUUACGGCGAUAAAUCUCGAGAGAAAGGAGGCAAAGAGGAGAAGGCCGAGGAGGAGGAUGAACGGUUCCAGGAUCCCGAUAACGAGGUCGGUCUGUUUGCGUACGGACAGUUCGACCAGGAAGACGAUGAGGCGGAUCGCAUUUACCAAGAGGUGGAUGAGAAGAUGGAUCGGCGACGUAAACUUCGAAGGUUAGUUAUCCCCCCUCUCCCGGCUCUGUUGUCCCUCAAAACAACUUGUUCAUCGGGCCAGUUCCCCGUUGUUUGGAUAGAAUACCGACUUGAAUCGUUCGCCACCUACAGGGAAGCUCGAGAGCAACAAGAACGCGAGGAUUACGAACGGAAAAACCCGAAGAUUCAGCAACAGUUUGCCGACCUGAAGCGAUCGCUUGCCGCAGUCUCUGAAGAAGAUUGGGCCAAUCUCCCCGAAGUUGGUGACCUUACGGGCAAGAACCGACGAGCGAAACAGAACCUUCGUCAGCGAUUCUAUGCCGUUCCCGAUAGCGUUAUUGCAGGCGCAAGAGAUUCGGCCCAGUUUGACACGACGAUUGCCGACGAUGGUGCCCCGGCCGAUGGAGGAGAAGGCGCUAGUGAUGGGACGAUGACGAAUUUCGCAGAUAUCGGUGCCGCUCGUGAUAAGGUUCUGAAGGUUCGACUUGAUCAGGCAGCGCUGGGUUCGUCAGCUGAAGUCGCCUCCUCGGGAAGCGCAACCAGCAUCGACCCCAAGGGAUAUCUUACCAGUCUGAACCAGUCGGAGAUGAAGGCUGGCGAGGUCGAAGUUGGCGAUAUCAAGCGAGUGCGAGUUCUGCUGGAGUCUGUCACAAAGACCAACCCCAAGCAUGCACCUGGAUGGAUUGCCCUUGCGCGUCUGGAGGAGCUUGCAGGCCGAAUUGUGGCGGCUCGAAAUGCUAUCGCUAAAGGUUGCGAGCUGUGCCCGAAGAGCGAGGACGGAUGGCUGGAGAAUAUCCGGCUGAAUGAAGGCCAUAAUGCCAAGGUUAUUGCCGCAAAUGCUAUUAAGAAUAACGACCACUCUACGCGACUCUGGAUCGAAGCUAUGAAACUGGAAACCGAUACCCGGGCGAAGAAGAACGUCCUCCGACAGGCUAUCCUGCAUAUCCCCCAAUCGGUGCAGAUCUGGAAAGAGGCAGUCAAUCUGGAAGAUGAUCCCGCAGAUGCCCGUCUUCUUCUCGCCAAGGCCGUUGAAAUGAUUCCCCUUUCCGUGGAGCUGUGGCUGGCCCUGGCACGUCUGGAGACUCCCGAGAACGCCCAGAAGGUUCUCAACGCAGCGCGCAAGGCCGUUCCUACUAGUCACGAGAUCUGGAUUGCUGCUGCUCGUCUGCAAGAGCAGAUGGGUACUUUCGAAAAGGUCAAUGUCAUGAAGCGUGCCAUUCAGUCUCUCGCCAAGGAGAACGCCAUGCUGAAGCGAGAGGAGUGGAUUUCGGAAGCCGAGCGCUGCGAGGAAGAAGGAGCCAUUCUUACUUGCGGUGCCAUCAUUCGUGAGACUCUCGGAUGGGGUUUGGAUGAGGACGACGACCGCAAGGAUAUUUGGAUGGAUGACGCCAGAUCUAGCAUUGCUCGCGGCAAAUACGAAACCGCUCGCGCUAUCUACGCAUAUGCACUGCGGGUCUUUGUCAACCGUCGGUCUAUUUGGCUCGCAGCUGCUGACCUCGAGCGCAUACAUGGCGACAAGGAAGCUCUGUGGCAGGUCCUGGAGAAAGCCGUUGAAGCAUGCCCGCAGAGCGAGGAGCUUUGGUUGCAACUUGCCAAGGAGAAGUGGCAGUCUGGUGAAAUUGAUGACGCGCGACGAGUUCUUGGCCGUGCCUUUAACCAGAACCCUAACAACGAGGACAUCUGGCUUGCUGCCGUCAAGCUCGAGGCAGAUGCACAGCAAACGGACCAGGCUCGUGAGCUUCUGGCAACAGCGCGCCGUGAAGCUGGCACAGACCGCGUGUGGAUUAAGAGCGUCGCUUUCGAGCGGCAAUUGGGCAACGUCGACGAAGCCCUGGAUCUCGUCAACCAAGGACUGCAGCAGUACCCCAAGGCUGAUAAGCUGUGGAUGAUGAAGGGCCAGAUCUACGAGUCGCAGAACAAAUUCCCGCAAGCACGCGAGGCAUACGGUACCGGCACCCGGGCCUGUUCCAAAUCCGUACCUCUCUGGCUCCUCGCCUCACGACUCGAAGAAAAAGCCGGCGCUGUCGUCCGUGCCCGCUCCGUCCUCGAUCGAGCCCGUCUCGCCGUCCCCAAGAGCCCCGAGCUCUGGACCGAAAGUGUCCGCGUCGAGCGGCGCGCAAACAACAUCGCCCAGGCGAAGGUGCUCAUAGCCCGCGCUCUACAGGAAGUACCAGCCUCCGGUCUACUCUGGAGCGAGAGCAUCUGGCACCUGGAGCCUCGUGCGUCCCGCAAGGCACGCAGCUUGGAGGCCAUCAAGAAGGUCGAGAACGAUCCUAUCCUGUUCAUCACAGUUGCGCGAAUCUUCUGGGGCGAGCGACGGUUGGAAAAGGCCAUGACCUGGUUCGAGAAGGCUAUCGUAGCGGACAGCGACUAUGGCGAUGGAUGGGCGUGGUAUUACAAGUUCCUGCAACAGCACGGUACAGAGGUGAGUCAAGUUCUUCAACGAUAUCACUCUCAUUAUUUCAUAUACGCGAAUAAUCUUGCUAACGGCUUCUUCUCUGGACAGGAUAAACGCUCUGACGUGAUUUCCAAGUGUGUCACAACGGAGCCUAAGCACGGCGAGGCAUGGCAGGGUAUCGCGAAGGAUCCAGUCAACGCGCACAAGUCGACGGAGGAAAUUUUGAAGCUUGUUUCUGAGGCGGUUAACUAA